AUGGAGAAUAUCUCACACACCUCGCCUCGAAGCGACUAUGACCUAUCGACCCCCAUAACCUCCACCUCUGGACUCCGUCAAGGCCUAUCAUCCUAUGGCGAUGCGCAUUUCUCUCUAUUCCUGCGAAAAGUCUUCAUCAAGGCCCUGGGAUACUCCGAUGAGGCGCUCUCUCGCCCCAUAGUUGGCAUUAUCAAUACCUAUUCCGGGUUCAAUCCAUGCCACGCCAAUGUCCCUCAGCUGAUCGAAGCCGUGAAACGGGGCGUUCAUCUCCAGGGAGGGCUUGCUAUCGAGUUCCCGACGAUUAGUAUCCAGGAGAGCUUUUCUCAUCCAACAAGCAUGUUUCUGAGGAACUUGAUGAGUAUGGAUACCGAAGAGAUGAUUCGUGCUCAGCCGUUGGAUGCGUGCGUUAUGAUUGGAGGCUGUGAUAAAACUGUUCCUGCUCAGUUGAUGGGCGGCAUCUCUGCCAAAAAACCCAUCCUUCCGCUUAUAACGGGUCCGAUGUUGCCGGGGAGUCAUCGCGGGCAACGCAUUGGGGCUUGUACGGAUUGCCGAAAUAACUGGGCAGCGUUUCGAGCGAAGGAAAUUGAUAUUGAAGAAAUAUCGGCUAUCAAUGAGGAGCUGGCCCCGACGGUCGGAACGUGUGGGGUUAUGGGAACUGCCAGUACAAUGGCAUGCAUCACAGCAGCUCUGGGCAUGAUGCCGCUUCGUGGCGCGUCCGCGCCAGCAGUCUCAGCGAGAAUCCGAGUGGCCGAGGAAACAGGGGCAAAUGCAGUGGCGGUGGCACGCGCUGAACGACGACCUCAAGAUAUCCUCUCGAAGGAGUCCUUUUUAAACGCCAUCACGGUAUUACAAGCUAUCGGAGGUUCGACUAAUGCUGUUGUACACCUAAUGGCUAUUGUGAACAGACACCCCAAGUUACAAGGGGUAAUGACUUUACAGACUAUAGAGGAAGUAGGCCAGCAGACACCGCUCCUCAUUGACCUAAAGCCAAGUGGUGACAACUACAUGAACGACUUCCACAAUGCAGGUGGAAUGUUGGUGUUGCUUCAUACUCUCCGCCCACUUCUUCAUCUCUCAGCCAUGACCAUAAGCGGUCAAACGUUGGGCGAAGUACUGGAUUCUUCACCGUUCAGAACAUUUCCCCUUUCGCAGCAGAUCAUCAGACCGCUAUCUGAUCCUCUCCACCCUUCAUCCUCGCUAGUCAUUCUUCGGGGAAAUAUUGCUCCCGAUGGAGCCGUCAUGAAAGCAUCUGCAUCCAAGGAUCGACGCUUGCUCUCUCAUUCUGGGCCGGCCGUUGUCUUCGAGAACUCCGUAGACCUCGCCAAGCGCAUCGAUGAUCCCAACCUCGAGGUCACUCCAGAUUCAGUCUUGGUUCUAAAGGGCAUCGGGCCCAUAGGCAACCCCGGAAUGCCCGAAGCAGGCCUGAUACCUAUCCCACUCAAGCUUGGUGCCGCAGGUGUCAAGGAUAUGCUACGGCUGUCCGAUGGACGCAUGUCAGGAACAGCAGGAGGUACUAUUGUUCUUCAUAUAUCACCCGAGUCAGCGCUGCAGGAGUCGCCCUUCGGAGUGGUCCAAACAGGCGAUUUGAUUACUUGCGACAUUACGACGAGAAAGCUUCAGCUUGGGAUUUCAGAUGAAGAGCUGAAACGGCGAAUUGACGCCCGGAAACAGGCGCUCAAAGCUAGCGGGGCGGAAGCAUCGCAUGCUAAUCAGAGGAAAAGAGGGUAUCGAGGGCUGUAUGAACGAUCGGUGAACCAGGCACAGGAUGGCGCUGAUUUUGACUUUCUCGCAGCGAGUGGACCAUCAUUUAUGAUGGAAAGUAAACCAUAGAUAUUGAAUUGUUGU